GAAAUACUCUACUCUACUACUAUUACACAAACAUCUGUCCCCCCUUUAUCUUUCCAAUUUCUACAAAUACACACACACAAAAAUAUCAAUGGAAUUUACGCAGUCCAACAUGAUUCCUUCCUCUUCUUCUUCUUCUCUAUAUAUAUAAGUACUACUCAUUUACCCACCACAACAUAAAAACAUAACAAACACUCCUUUUUUUACUUCUCUAUUUCCUCUCUUCUUCUUUACAAACAAGAAAUGUAAGCAUCAGCUUAAUUUCUAUGGCUGAUCAGCUUCUUCUUAUUGAAUUUUUUCUGAUCUGAUAUACAACUUAUAAGUGUGUUUUUUUUCUCCUAAAGUUCUUAUCAAGAUUUUUUUAAUAAUUCUUGACAAAUGUUUGAACAUAUAUAAAAGAAAAAUAUAGACUUUUUUUAAUUGUUUGAGUUGAAUAUAAGUUAUGUAAGAACCCCAUCUCUAUAACUGGAAGAUUUUUGAGUAAAAAUAUAUAGUUGUGUUUUUUUAGUAAGAAUUUUGUGAUAUACGUUGAAAUUGUUAAGAGAAUGAUGUUGGAUCUCAAUCUAAGUGCAAUUUACGAUGAGAAAGUUCCAGAAGGUUCCGUUGCCGAUGAAUCGGGAACCUCGAAUUCAUCGGCGAGGAAUGCGGAAGCUUCCAGUAGUGCCGGAGACGACGACACGUGCUCCACACGCGCCGGUGACAUGUUUGCUUUCAAUUUCGACAUCCUUAAAGUUGGUGGAGCUGAAACUAGCAGGAGUUGCAGCAACAAUGAUGAUGACCAAGAAGGAUAUGAUGAGAAUCGGAGGGUAACUCAGUCCGAGUUCGUGACUCGGCAAUUGUUCCCUCUCGAUGGGUCCCACACUUCUCGGAAACCUGAUUGGGUGGAUCUAUCGUUUGAUCCACCCAAUACUGUUAGUUUCCGAGAGGCAGAAAUAGUACGUGCGCAACAACAGUACCAACAACAGCAACAACAACAACCGCAACAAGUUAAGAAGAGUAGGAGGGGGCCUCGGUCUAGAAGUUCACAGUACAGAGGUGUUACUUUUUACAGAAGAACUGGUAGAUGGGAAUCACACAUUUGGGAUUGUGGCAAGCAAGUUUAUUUGGGUGGAUUUGACACUGCUCAUGCAGCUGCUAGAGCUUAUGAUAGAGCUGCAAUUAAGUUCCGGGGUGUUGAUGCUGAUAUAAACUUUAACCUAAGUGAUUACGAGGAAGAUAUGAAGCAGAUGAAAAGCCUGAGUAAAGAAGAAUUCGUCCACGUGCUGCGACGCCAGAGCACUGGAUUCUCGAGAGGUAGCUCGAAAUACAGAGGAGUAACGUUGCACAAAUGCGGAAGAUGGGAGGCUCGGAUGGGGCAGUUCCUUGGCAAAAAGUAUAUAUAUCUUGGACUAUUCGACAGUGAAGUAGAAGCCGCAAGGGCGUACGAUAAGGCGGCUAUCAAAUGUAAUGGAAGAGAAGCUGUUACCAACUUUGAGCCAAGUACGUAUGAAGGGGAAACAAUCUCUGAUCCUCAGAGUGCAGGUGGCCAACAGGAUCUUGAUCUGAACUUAGGGAUCGCAACUUCUUCUCCGAAGGAAAAUGAAAGGAUGGGGGGUUUCCAGUAUCAUCCAUAUGACAUGCAAGAUGCAUCAAAAUCACAGAUGGACAAAUCUGCACCAGCAAUUGUUGGUAGUUCACAUUUUAAGGCACAACCAGUGACAUCAGAACAGGCUCACUUGUGGAAUGGAGUAUAUUCCAACUUCUUUCCCAGCUACGAGGAUUGUUUCACUGUGUACGAGAGAAAUCAAAUACAAGUAUAGGUUCUGAUUCUUGUGAACUCUACUGAAAAAAGGGCCAGGGCAGCUCGGUGCACAAAGCAUCCCACGUUCAUGCAGGGUUCAGGGAAGUGCCACACUCCAGUGGGAUGUGAUGUAGGCAGCCUACCCUGAUGCAAGCAUCAGUGGCUGAACACAUGACCUAUAGGUCACACGGAAACACCUUGACUUAUAGAGUUCUUGUGAACUUUACUACUCAAUUUAUGUUUACAGAUUCUUGUAAACAUAACAGGAAAUGUAUGAAUAGUUUUUUUUGUGAUAUGGGCCUUUGCUUCAGGUCUUUCUUCCUUUGGGUUGUUUCCAGUUAUACAUAUGUUGGCAUUGUAUCUUUAUAGGAUCAGUGCAAUUUAACUUAUUAUAGCAGAUUACUUAUCAUUUACUCUAGGUUACUAAUUAAUAUUCUUGCUAAUUAACUAAAUGGCU